UCAGCUCUGACUCAAGACGCGAACUGUUUAGAACGAAUCAGUCCGAUUUGAUGAACCGUUUCAUCCAGUUCACUAAAAAGAACUGGUUCAAAAGAACGAUUCGUUCACGAACUGGCCAUCACUACUGGUGACGCCUCUAUCAUCACGCCUGCAGUCAGUGUAGACCUAGAGGAAUGCGCGAGCAGGUUUAUUGCUAAAAACAAAGUACUCGCUUUACGAAUGAAUAAUCAUUGUGUACUGUUCAUGAUCUUUGCUAAGCGUUCUGCUGUUUGUGGCUUUCCGUACCCGGAAGCAUGCAUAGAGCGCGUGCUAAAAGUAAAUGGAAUCUGAUGUUAUGGAUCGGGGUAACGGUUAGCUGCGUUUUUAUUUUCUGUGAAUAUGUUGUCUACUUCCCUGUUAUUCUGCGAUGCUCGUGGCCUGAGAUAGCGGAGAAACGGGACUCUAUUCGCGUCCUCUUUUUAUCUGAUCCUCAUUUGCUCGGAGCCAUCAGGGGACACUGGUUCGACAAACUAAGGAGGGAGUGGCAGAUGGAGAGAUCUUUUCAGACAGCACUGUUUCUGCUCAGGCCAGAGAUGAUCUUUAUUCUAGGAGAUGUUUUUGAUGAAGGCAAAUGGAGCUCCCCUAAGGACUGGGAAGAUGAUGUUAAGCGCUUCAAACAGAUCUUCAAUCACUCAAGCGACACAGAACUUGUGGUCCUUAUUGGCAACCAUGACAUUGGAUUUCAUCACGAAAUGACCUCCUAUAAACUUGAGCGUUUUGAGAAAGUUUUCAAUGUAACAUCAGCAAAGAUACUCACCAAGAGAGGAGUAAACUUCUUAUUGGUGAACAGUGUUGCCCUACAUGGAGAUCACUGUCCCAUCUGUCAGGGUGUGGAGGAAAAACUUUACAGUUUAGCACAUCAACUUAACUGCUCCUCACAGUCUGAUGUGAUGAAGCAUCUUUGCAGGGAUGUACAAUCAUAUCCAUCAACGGCUCCCAUUAUACUUCAGCACUACCCGCUGUAUCGUACCAGUGAUGCUCAGUGUACAGGUGAAGAUGCAGCACCACUCAACGAACGCUAUCUGCACUUUCAGGAACGCUAUGAUGUUCUCUCACAGGAUGCCUCAAAAAAGCUACUGCGAUGGUUCCAGCCUCGCCUAAUUCUAAGUGGCCACACUCACAGCAGCUGUGAGGUUUUCCAUGAGAAUCGUUUCCCAGAGAUUAGCGUUCCAUCUUUUAGCUGGAGGAACCGCAACAACCCCAGCUUCAUCCUGGGCACCUUUUCCCCAUCUGAUUUUGCGCUGUCCAAGUGUUUCCUGCCAGAGGAGAGCAGUAUUAUAGCAGUAUACUGCACCGCUGUGGUUGUGAUUGUGCUGAUCACACUUGGGCAUCUGCGACUUUUCCAAGGAGCACUGCAUGCAGCAAACCGCAUUCUGGACAAGGAAAAAUCUUUGUGAAACACACCCUAUAUAUGUAGAUGAUCUGUACUACUUUGCCUGUACAAUUUUACAAGUUUUAAUUACAUGCUCCAUGAUUUCCAUGUUUUCAGGAAAAUGAGUGCUAAGACACAAUUUUAGAUACUGCUAAUCCAGUAUGUUACAUUUAUCAUUUUAUUUAUACAUGCAUUUCUACGAUACUUUGAAGAAUGCUGUCCACAUAUGGUUAAAUGUUAUUGUAUUGUAUUGAUGUUUUUUAUUCAUUUGUCUACUAACUGGUCCACAUUUGAAAUUAUAUUCCUAAUUACAGUCCAAAAUGUUUGCUUGUUAUUUUAAAUAAACAAAGAAGUGCUUUCUUCUUUUUACUGAAGUCCUAUCUGGAACUAGUACAAUAAAUAAAGAAAUAAAAUAGUAAGUAAAUAAAAAAAUAAUCCAAUGUAAAUGUGAGUAAUAAUGCAUGUUAUUGUUCUCUGUGCUGGUUGAAUAAUAAAACACACCAACACUUUUAGAUGUAUUUUAUUUGCAAAAUUACAUUUCAUCGGACAUUUCAUGAACAUUUCCAUUUCUAAACAGAUAUGAAGGGUGUCUAAUGUGACUCUUUAGUAACAUAAAACUUAAGAACUCAAAAUGGUAUGUCAUUGAAGGCCAGACCUAGAGCUUUAUAUUUUUAUCUGUUAGUUAUCAUCAUAUCAUACAUGGAGAAGCCUCAGUGAAAAGAGAUUUAGCUUAUCUACCAGUGGUGCAAUUUAACCAUACAGUACAGCUUUUGAGGUUCCACGUGGGUCCCGUGUCAGUCAUCUGCUGCUCCUGUAGCUGUAAAUUUUUAGUUAAUUUGGUGGAACCACAUAUAGUAUAGUGUUCUGAUUCAAGCUCAUUCAGGAGAUGGUCCCAUGAUGGGACAUGAACAUAAACCACAAAAUAUAACCAGUUUUGCUGGAUAAAAUUAAAAGAAAAAAAAAAAAAAAA